AUGGGAGCUGCCCUGGCUGCCGCCUGCGCACGCGUCGAACAGCCAGCUGCCACUGGCGACCAAACAGAAGGUUUGCAAGCCUUUGACCGCGCUUUGCUCGCGCAGGUGAAGAAGGGCAAGUUGGAGGACAACUAUGAGAUGUUGGAAGAGCUGGGCAGUGGUAGUUUCGGUGUUGUAAGCAGAGCCAGAGACAUUCGCACAAAGGCCGUGUCCAUGGCAACCUAUGUUGCCGUGAAAACUAUCCCAAAAAAGAAGAUCUCAGAUCCCCAAACCGUCAAAGAUGAGUUUAAUGUUCUCCGCCAGCUGGACCAUGCACAUAUCUGCAAAGCCUACGAAUGCUAUGAGGAUCGCCGCCACAUAUACUUGGUCAUGGACAUUUGUGCCGGGGGCACUUUGCUGGAAAGCUUGUGUGUUCAGCAACGAUUUCCUGAGCCAGAUGCGGCAAAGAUCAUGCGACAGACUCUCUCUGCUUUGUCUUACCUACACCAAGCCAACUUCAUAUUUCGUGAUUUGAAAACCGAAAAUAUCAUGUUCGCAAAGCCCGUGCAAGAUGGUGAAGUUGGAAACAUCAAACUGAUUGACUUCGGCUUGUGUUGCCCGUUUCGACCUGGAGCGAAGAUCACCCGUGCGGCUGGCACCCCGUACAGCGUUGCCCCCGAGCUCGUGACUGCUCCCGUACAGUAUGACCAGCGGUGUGACUCCUGGAGCGCCGGUGUUGUGAUGUUCAUCAUUUUGUCUGGCCAGUAUCCUUUCUCCGGCAAGACGAAGGAAGAGCUCCUGCACAAGAUACGGAAAGAGCCCGUCAGUUUCAAGAGCGCUCGGUGGAAAAAGAUCACAAAGGAAG